ACCAAAUGUUACACUUUGUAGUUUAUACACUUGUCUUUGUUGCAGGAUGAGUGUUGAUGGUUGGCGAAAGUAAAGCAUGUGAAUGUCAUAGUAGGUUGUGUACUACUACCUAGGCCGCCAGGGUCCGCCGAGGAAAACUGAAGCUCAUCGCCUCAACAUCACCGAAGCCUACCUCCACCACCCCGCAGCCCCCAUCUCUGCCUGCACAGUACAAACAGCAGCGCCUCGACCGUCGAAACUACACAGCCGCUCCGUUUCAUCUCUUACGCUCACUCUUGAUAUCAACGGGCGUUGGACAACCCCACGAAGCUUCACAAUGGCCAUCCUAGGGACAGCGCUGAAUGGCAUCGGCGUGCUCUUGCUUACACAUGCUGUCUACUCGACCCACGAACAUACAGCAACAUUCACAAACACACCCUUGCCCCUCGACAUCUCGCUUGAGCUCCUCACCUCCAUCCUGCUCCUCUCACUCGGCAUCGUCAUUUCCUUUGCGCCGCUGAAACCGAUACACUACGCACAAUGGGCGGGUCAGAUGUCACGACAAGGGCAGCAAAGCGAGGGUCACUACACGAGAGAGGGUGAGGAGGUUUUGAGCGAGGGCGACCCAUAUGCGUUUCUCGGCCUGGACGCAGGCAUUGGUGGAAAUAGUGAGGGCAGGAGGGGAUUCUGGGAUGUCAAAGGAAAGAGGAAGGAAUUCGAGACAUGGGUGAGGCAAGGUGGAAAGUAGGAUAUGACUACAAGAAUAUACUGUGGACGACGUGUGUCUGGAAGGCCAGCAACGCAUCCCGAUACAAAAAGGCCCGGUUCACCAGUAAGACAGGUUUACAAUACAAAAAUGGCAAUAACAAUAAACACGGUCGAGCAUUCUGAA